UCGCUUGCCGUACAGAAACGGUCUCCAUGGCAAUUGCUAUUCGCUCGCUGCAGCGGAGAUGAUCUCUUCGAGACUAUCGUCCUGCUAGCGAUUGUUUUCCUUCAUUUUUAUUUUAAUGUUUUGUUUUGUUUUGCACUGUUACUUUUCUGAACACUUGCCAGAGCGUGAGUGGGAAACAAAGACAUUUCUGCUCCGCUAGCUGUGUAGUAUUAGUGUAAUGGAUCAGUACAGUAUUCUGGGAAGGAUUGGAGAAGGAGCUCACGGAAUUGUGUUCAAAGCCAAACACAUCGAGACAGGAGAGACGGUGGCUUUGAAAAAAGUAGCUCUGAGAAGACUUGAAGAUGGUAUCCCGAACCAGGCCCUUCGAGAAAUCAAAGCCCUGCAAGAGAUCGAGGACAACCAACAUGUGGUGAAGCUGAAGGACGUCUUCCCCCAUGGCACAGGCUUUGUGCUGGUGUUCGAGUACAUGUUGUCCGAUCUGUCAGAAGUCAUUAGGAACUCCCAGCGUCCUCUCACCGCAUCCCAGGUCAAAGGUUACAUGAUGAUGCUGAUGAAAGGAGUGGCUUUCUGCCACGAGAACUCCAUCAUGCACCGGGACCUAAAGCCUGCAAACCUUCUGAUCAGCUCGACGGGUCACCUAAAGAUCGCUGACUUCGGGCUGGCCCGGCUCUUUUCCAAUGAAGGAGAUCGUCUGUACAGUCACCAGGUGGCCACCAGAUGGUACAGAGCACCUGAACUUUUGUAUGGUGCCCGGAAAUAUGAUGAAGGAGUUGAUCUCUGGGCAGUGGGCUGCAUUUUCGGGGAGCUGUUGAAUAACUCUCCACUUUUCCCUGGAGAGAAUGACAUUGAGCAGUUGUGCUGUGUCUUACGAGUGCUGGGAACUCCCAACCAGAAAGUUUGGCCAGAAAUAACAGAACUACCAGACUACAAUAAAAUCACUUUUAAAGAAAACCCCCCCAUUCCGUUGGAGGAGAUCGUGCCUGACACGUCACCACAAGCUGUGGACCUUCUGAAGAAGUUCCUUGUCUAUCCCUCCAAACAGAGGAUCAGUGCUAGACAGGCUUUGCUCCAUCCGUAUUUCUUCACGGACCCCCUCCCGGCUCAUCACUCAGAGCUGCCCAUCCCUCAGCGUGGAAAGCACUCCAGACAGCGCAUGCAACCCCCUUAUGAAUUCCCAGUGGAUCGACCUUUACACGAGAGCUUGGUGGACCCCAGUCUGAUCCAGAGACAUGCGCAGAGUUGUUUGUGACAGCGGUAUAAGCAGAAAUGUAGGGCUUUGUACUACGUUUUACACCAGGAAGUGCAAAAAGUAAAAAAAAAUGUAAAGAAAAAAAAAUUUAGAUUGUAAGAAAUAGGUUAUAUAAUUUUUCAGUUUUCCUGAGCAUACUUUUAGUAAACUCUCAAAUGGCAUGUCUAGAUUUAUGUGUUUAAAUAUCAUCAAAUAUUUUCAAGAGACAAUCAAUUAUGGAAUAAAAAUGCAAAAUUAUUAGUAUUAUAAUUAUGACAAAGAGUCAAAACAUGUCGUUUACAAAAGUUUGGUUUGUGAUUCCUUGAGAAUGAAAAACGAAAUAAAUGUUCAGUUUAUUUAUUGUAAUUCUGUAUUAAAAAGGAAUAUGCUAUAUCAUGAUCAGAUUGUCUGAAUAGACUAUUAGUGAACUUUCAAA